AUGUCGUUCUGGCCCUUUUCUACAAAUACAAACAAUUCAAAUAUUAAUAAAACUUUGGAUCAAUAUUUCCUGAUAUUGAAUUAUUUGAAGAAAAAUAAUUUAUUACCAAUAAUUAGAAAUAGUAACAGCACAAGUACAAAUUCGAUAUCAUUGGCAUCAUUAUCUUCCAUUUCUUCAGAUUUUAACACCUCAUCUCCAAUAAAUCAAAUACCUUUGCCACCAAGACCAGCUGAACCAACUACUAGUACAAAUACAGUUGCGCCUACAACCACUACAACAGCAGAUACAUUUUCAAAUGGCAGACCUAUAAAUGGUAAUAAUCCUACCACCACCAAUACGGCGUCGGGAAAUUUUACUUAUUCGAUAAAGGAUCUGGAUAGUUCUUUCAUAGAUUCAAUCCUGAUGGAACCUGAUUUAAUAGAAGAGUUACUUAUGAAUAAUAACAAUCUCAUAGAUUUCAUUUGCUUUGGCUAUUUUUUCCAGAAGACAAGUACCACUAAUAAUCCUCUUUCAUCUCAAAAUGAAUUUGUUUCAAUUUCAAAUUUAAAUUAUAUCAUUGAUAGACUAUUAUUAGCUCUGUCAAAUAUUAAUCAAAUAGACGUUAAUAAUAAUCAAUCUUCAGUCCAACAUUCAACAAAUAACCUCAUCAUUCAUGAUUAUUUCAAUGCAAAUAAUGAUUUGGGCUCCAGGUCUUCUUUACAUAAUGAUAUUGAAAUAGAUUUACAACAACAAGAUUAUCUUAUGAAUAAUAAUAAAGAUGACUACACUAAAGAGAAUAAGAAUAAAUUUAGAAAUCCCACCACGUUUUUAGAUGAUAAUACUGUUAAAACUCAAAAUGUUAUAGACCCAUUGGAUGAUCCGUUAGAAAACGCUUCACCAACAACUAAAUAUAAUAAAUUACAACAUAAUAACGAUAGGUCCACUUCGACUUCUUUAAAGCUAGAGCCAAGUUUUACUCCAACUUUCUCAAAGACAACAACUACUACAACAACAAUACAUUCAAAUAAUAUACCACCUGCUUUAGCAUCCAUAUCAACUGCAUUAUCGUCAUCCUCUUCCUCUAUUAUUUCUUCUUCUUCUUCCUCAUCAUCAAACUCAUCAUCACCUUUUUUAAUUGAUAACCAUUCUUCAGCCACCACUAAUACAACAACACUAGUUUCAAAUAAUAAUGCUGAUGAUGCUAAUACUAAUACAAGCAACAAUACAGAUCCUAAGACGAAUAUUCCUCCAGAUAAUAAUAUUUUGAAUAUUAAAAUGGCCAAUAUUAUAACAAAUAUUUUAUCACAAGAUGUUUCGAUUGUAUUAAAUUCCAUUUUGAAUAAUUUUAAUUAUUUAAAUAAAUUAUGGUCCAUUAUUUAUAAAAUUAAUUCAAAAAAUUAUCAAAUUUUAUCAAAUUUUUUCUUAAAGAUCAAUGAGAUUUUAUUUUAUAAAAAUUCCAUUAAAUAUUUGAAUUUUAUCCGAUUAAAUUCCACAAAUUUUACUAAGAAUCUAAUCGAAAAUAUUAAUUAUGAAAAUAUAAUAGAUUUUUUUUUAAAAUUAAUUUCUACUGAUAAAUUUAAUAAUGAAUCAGGAAUGAUAAAUUUAUUAUUAAAUCAAAACUUAAUUGAAAACUUGAUUAUAAAAUUGAAUAAUUUAGAUUCAAUUAAAGAUUUCGACAUUAUUAUAUCAAUAGGUGAUUUCUUAAAGAAUUUAAUAACAAUUUCAUCAAAUACCCUAUUAUUACUGGAUAAUAACUCAGUUACCUCUUCAUCAAUGAAUCCAAAUUCAAAUCAAUUAUCCAACUCGGCAAUGGUUAAUAAUUCAGAAAUGGAUCCGGAUAAUAUGCUAAUUGGUCCGAAUAAUUUAAUUAGAAAUUUAGUUUCAGCAAAAGUAAUUAAGAAAUUAAUUAAUUUAAUCUUAACUAAAAAAAAUUAUCAUUUAAUAGUAAUAGUAUCAAUCGUUAUUGAGUUGAUUAGAAAAAACAACUCAGAUUAUGAUAAUUUCAAUUAUUUAUCUGAAAAAAAUUUAAAUUUAAAAUUAAAUCCACCAAAUAAUAAUGAUCCAAUUUAUUUAGGUUUCAUGUUAAAAGAAUUUUCAUUAAAUUUAAAUAAUUUCUUCCAUUUACUAUUUGAAUUAGAGUUAAAUUUAAAUGAGAAAACACCAAAUACAAAUCAAUUAGGUAAUCAAUACAAACCAUUGAAUGUUCAAAGAUUUAAAAUUAUUGAAUUAAUCGCUGAAUUGUUACAUUGUUCUAAUAUGAAAUUAAUGAACUAUAAAAACUAUCAUAAGUUUGCAGCCAAAAAAAAUUCUAUUCGUAAAAAUUUUAAAUUUUUCCUAAAUGAUGCUAUAAGUAAUGACUUAUUGACGAAUGUUAAUACAAAUAAUACUAUCACUGCAGAUGCAACAAUUGAUUUUUCAUCAAAUUCAUCUUCAUCUACAAUUAAACACUUUAAAAAACAAAAAUAUGAUUCAAAUUUAAAUAGUAAUGGUAGUACAAAUAAUAUUUUGAAUCCUAAUAAUAUUGAAAUAGAUUCCAAUAAGAAUGAAGAUUCCGAACUUAUAAUUAAUUUUAAAACAAGCCGUACCCCAAAACUCAACUCCAUGGAUGAUGAGGCGGCUUCUAAUUCCGAUGAUGAGUUAGAUUCUGAUCCUAAUUUCAGAUUUACAACUAGCAAUCAUGCUUACUCAAAUAAAAGUAUACUAGAAGAAGAUGAAUAUGAAAUCAAAGAAUCUAAUGCUUUCAAUAAUAAUUCUAACAAUAGUUAUUUAACUGAUGAGAGAAACACUAUUUUAAGAAAAAAUCCAACUAUUGGUGAUAUGUUUAAGAUAAAACUAUUUGACUCCCAAUUUUUACCGAAAAUCGUAUUACUUUUCUUAGAAUAUCCAUGGAAUAAUUUAUGGCAUAAUGUCGUGUUCGAUAUUAUCCAACAAAUUUUUAAUGGGAAGCUGGACUCUACUUACAAUUGCUUUUUAAUAUAUCAAUUAUUUUCGCUACAAAACUCAAGAUCUUUUAUCCAUACUAUAUCAGAUUAUAGAAAUGAGGAUAGUUAUAUUAAUAAUAAUGAACAUAUUUUGUCAAUUAAUAAAUAUAUUAAUUCCAAUAUACCCAUUGAUUUAAGUAUAACUAAGAAUAUUAUCCUUAAAGGUUAUCAAGAUUCUUACGAUUUUUUUGAAAAAGAAUCGAUAAAUCUUGGAUAUAUGGGGCAUUUAAUUUUAAUUGCUGAAGAAGUUGUUAAAUUCUCUAAAAAUAUUGAUACAAAGACACUUUCUAAUGACAUAUUUGAUGUAUUAAAUGAUAAAGAAUGGUUAUACUAUUGCAAUGAAGUUUUAAAUGAAACAAGAAAGAUGUAUUCUUGUAUUCUGGGGGGUGGAACUUAUGUUGAAGAUGGAAAUGGAAAUAUUAUUCCUCAAUUGCCAUCUUCACCAACUCAAUCUUUGCAAUUAAAGGAAAUCGAUAUGAAUGACAAUAUAAACAGUGAUAACCAAGAACCUUUAGAAUGUGAUGGACAAGCUGACUCGCAAUCGAAUUUCCAAUUAAUACCCUCGUCUAGAGCUACAGAAGAAUUAGUAAUUUCGAGGCAUAGUUCUUAUAAAAAUAGUAAUUCGAUAAGUGUGGAGGAUAUAGAGGAACAAUUAGGUCUUUCUACAACUUCAGAUUUACAUAACAGACUAAGAAAUAUGCUUGUUCAUGCAUCAGAAGAUGAAAUCAGUUUAAGAAAUGAACAAAACGGGGUUAUCAUUUUGGGUCCUCCACCAGAAUAA